AUGAACAAAACGAUACAGAAUGCCGUCAAGGCAGCUAUAAUCAUCUGCAUCGCCAUUUUAAUCCUCACCCAAGCCUUGCACUAUAAACCUAGGCCCACCAAAACCCUAACAACAACGACUGAACAAAGCAUCACAGUUGAUCACAAAGAGCCCGUGGUUAAACGUCUCGUAGUUGCCAGCUUGAAGGCCGACGACACGACAUGGUUGCAAAAACGUCUCCCCGACUGGGCUGUCUCGCGCUAUGUCGUCGACGACCUCAACUCUCCGCUCACCGUGCCCCUCAAUAAGGGUCGGGAAUCCAUGGUGUACCUCACCUAUAUAAUUGACAACUACGAUACCCUCGCCGACAUCAACGUCUUCAUUCAUUCCCUCCAGUACCAAUGGCACAACGACGAUCCCAACAAAGACGGCGCCACCGUCAUUUCCCGCCUACAACUCCCCCACAUUCGCCAACAAGGCUACGUCAACAUGCGCUGCGCGUGGACUCUCGGCUGUCCCGCCGAAAUCAGGCUCGACGACCCUUCCGAUAAUCGCGAGACCACAAGUCACUUCCGCCAGGCUUUUCAGGAACUUUUCCCAGAGCGCGCUGACAACAUCCCUACCAACGUCGGCGCGAGCUGUUGCGCGCAAUUUGCAGUGACGGCUGCAAAGCUCAGGGAGAAACCAAAGGCUGAGUAUGAGCGUAUUAGGAACUGGGUCAGGGACACACCGCUUGCGGACGAUGUCAGUGGACGUAUCAUGGAGUACUCGUGGCAUAUGUUCUUCGGUAUGCCUGACGUCCAUUGUCCGGAUGCAAGGACGUGCUAUUGUGCUGUCUUUGGUUUGUGCGAUCUGCAGAAUUGUGCCCAAUGGGGCUGUCCGACUCAGUAUCAGCUUCCGCCGUUUUCAACCAUGCCAGAGGGGUGGAAGCAGCUGGCGGAGUACGAUAACAUUUGA